ACGGUUUCCUUUUCCAUUUCCUGGUCUCCCGGUCCAAGUGUGAGGCCACUGCCAGUCAGGAGCUGGCCCUGGAGCUUUGCUUUUUUCCGUUGAGGAGUUAACCUAGUGAAGAGUGCUGCACUAGCAGCAGUGUCUUUUUGUUCGGUUGGUGGCAGAUGUCUAUGUUUGCAUUUAUGGUGUACAUUUAACUUGCAUCUAAACGAGUGCUUUGCAGGCAAUUUUAAGUGGCUUUAGCCCAGAAACGUUUUCUCCAUCAGGUGCUCACUGCUUUCUUUUCCAUGACAGAUCUUGACGACAGUCUAUGCAAAAGAUAUAUAAAUAUGAUUACUAAUAUAGUAGUCUUGAGCCUGAUCAUUUGCAUUUCCUUAGCUUUCUGGAUUGUGUCAAUGACUGCUAGCACCUAUUAUGAUAACAUACGGCCUAUUUCUCCUUGGCGUUGGCUGUUUUCUGUUGUGAUUCCUGUUCUGAUUGUAUCUAAUGGCUUUAAAAAGAAAAGUCUAGAUCACAGUGGGGCUUUAGGAGGACUAGUGGUUGGAUUUAUCCUAACGAUUGCAAACUUCAGCUUUUUUACCUCUUUGCUCAUGUUUUUCCUUUCUUCUUCCAAACUCACAAAAUGGAAGGGAGAAAUAAAGAAGCGUCUAGAUUCAGAAUAUAAAGAAGGUGGGCAGAGGAAUUGGGUUCAGGUGUUCUGUAAUGGAGCUGUGCCAACCGAGCUGGCUCUGCUGUACAUGAUAGAAAAUGGUCCUGGUGAGAUGCCAAUUGACUUUUCCAAGCAGCACACUGCUUCCUGGAUGUGCUUGUCUCUCUUAGCUGCACUAGCCUGUUGUGCUGGAGAUACCUGGGCUUCUGAAAUUGGCACAGUUCUGAGUAAAAGCCCGCCAAGGCUGAUAACAACAUGGGAGAAAGUUCCUGUUGGGACCAAUGGAGGAGUUACAGUGGUGGGACUUGCUUCCAGUCUCCUUGGUGGUACCUUUGUGGGCAUCGCUUACUUCCUCACACAACUGGUUUUUGUAAAUGAUUUAGACAUCUCUGCUCCCCAGUGGCCCAUUAUUGCUUUUGGAGGUCUGGCUGGAUUACUAGGAUCAAUUGUAGACUCAUAUUUAGGGGCAACGAUGCAAUUUACUGGUUUAGAUGAAAAGACUGGCCUGGUGGUCAACAGCCCAACGAAUGAGACAAAGCACAUAGCGGGGAAACCCAUUCUUGAUAACAAUGCAGUGAAUCUGUUUUCUUCUGUUCUUAUUGCCCUCCUGCUCCCAACUGCUGCUUGGGGUUUUUGGCCUAGAGAAUGAACUUUAUUUCAUUUCCACAGGUUGACACUGGUUAUGAAAUUUGAAAAAUAAUUAAGUGCAACCCAAAGAAACAUCUAAAACAUCUGUACCUCAAGCUGGAGAAGUGGCUGAGUGAUGGAGCACUUGUCUAACAUGUGCAAGUCCCAGGUCCUAGGGAGGACCCGACCACCUUGUUACAUAUUUCAAUUGUUUUUGGAAUAGCAGCUACCUUGAAUUCAAUAUUUAAAUGCAUUUUAGAGAUUUCUUUGAAAUAUAUAUACAUAUACAUACAUAUAUACAUACAUGCAUAUAUGUAUAUAUGAGAGUGGGUUAUGACUAGCAUCCUGAACAAUUAAGUUACUAAAAUUUUAUUGUGAUUGUUUUUACUGUUUUAGAGUGGCUACAAAUGGUACAAUUUCCUACUGUGUCCCUUCUAAGUUGUGCUCUACUUUUCAUUGUAGCCUCAAAGGAAUUCUGCUUUUCACUUUGGUUCUUUACUGUGAUUUAUCUUGUGUUAAAACAUUUUGAUAGAUUAUUUCACUAAAUAUGUCUUACAGUAUUUCUCAUGUAAUUUCCAUACCUUUCUUCCUCUGCUGAUUUUGCCUUGUUAAAGAAAUUGAGAAAGGAUGUCAAGAACAAGCCACCAGCUGAACACAUACAGAUUAGAGGCAUGUUGUUAAUUGUAGAGCAUCCACCAAGCAAGUAGAGGACCUAAGUUCAAACCCCAGUACUGCCAAAAUAAAGAGAAAACACAACUAUGCAGUGUAAUUGUUUAAACUCCUUAUGAAGUACCUGUUGCUAUGUAAUUCCAAGUGAUCACGAAUAUUUUAAGCAUACAUUACUGUUUGAUAUACAUUUGUUAAAUUGUUUGGCUCUA